AUGUCAACAAAGAGUACCGAAAGCUCUACCGCAGCAGGGGAGUUGUCCCAAUCCGACCAGGCCUUGCUUCCCACAUUAAUACCGAAGACACACGCGUUCGUAAAGGACUACAUGGCCCGAUACGACUCUUCUCAUGAUUUUUCUCAUGUCCUCCGAGUUCUCAAUUUAGCACAUCAUAUCGCUCAAACGGAGCAAAAAUAUCUACAAUCGGUUGCCUUAGUGCCGCCACCAGCGACAAAGGUGGCCCCAUUAUACGAUAGCACAAUUAUCACGCUUGCAGCGUUGCUGCAUGACGUUGGUGAUAGGAAAUAUAUUCAGGAAGGGGAAAAGGUUGAUGAGUCCCCAGUGAAGACAUUUCUAGUGGAGGCGGGUGCAAGUGAAGCUUUAGGGGAGAGGGUACAAACGAUCGUCAACGGCGUUAGCUAUUCAAAAGAAAUCAAAAACCCUCAAAGGGUACUGGAUUUGAUUGAAUCUUACCCUGAGCUGGCAGUGGUCCAGGAUGCAGAUCGACUUGAUGCUAUCGGUGCCGUUGGGAUCGGUAGAACCUUCACCUUCGCUGGGGCGAAGGGAAGCGGAGGAGCAGGAAUGGAGAACGUGCUGAAACAUUUCGAGGAGAAAUUGUUAAUAUUGAAAACCAUGAUGAAAACUAAAACAGGUACAGAGAUGGCAGAAAAGAGGACAAACAUACUCAGAGAUUUUGAACGCUUUUGGGUCGAGGAAAAGAGUAUAGCAGGUGGUGUGGAGCUUUCCUUAGACAUUUAA